UGCGACUCUCUCCUCCACUCAGCCUUCCGUUAUCCCUCCAAGUGUCCGGACCAAAAAACUGCCACAUUCCCCUGGACCGCUUACCUUUCCCCCACUACUUCCAGCUUUCAUUCAUUCCCCGGCACCCAAAGAAAACAUCCUGCGGACCCUUUGAGCAUUCUUGGUUUUAUCUCUCAUUUUUGUGUUGAACAUCUCCGUUGUCGCGAUUUGGACGGACCUUAUUUGGGGGUUUUGUUUUGCUUCUUUUGUUCAUUCAAAAAUUGGACUUACGUUUAUCCUCGUUUAGUUUUUUUUUCCCAUUUGUUUUCAAACAAGACCCGUACGGGCGCUUUAUAGCUCAUUUUUGGGGGGCAUCGUUUUCCCCUUCCGUCCACGUGUAGCGUAAAGUUUAAGUCAUAAAUCAGUCAACAAUGGCAGGUUUGAACUCUUUGGAUGCUGUUAAAAGGAAGAUCCAGAGUUUGCAGCAGCAGGCGGACGACGCCGAAGAUCGGGCUCAGGUCCUGCAGAGGGAACUGGACAGCGAACGAGAGCUCCGGGAGAAAGCAGAGGGCGAUGUCGCAGCUCUGAACCGUCGCAUCCAGCUGGUGGAGGAGGAGUUGGACCGGGCCCAAGAAAGGCUGGCCACGGCGCUGCAGAAACUGGAGGAGGCCGAGAAGGCUGCAGAUGAGAGCGAGAGAGGAAUGAAGGUGAUCGAAACCCGAGCGAUGAAGGACGAGGAGAAGAUGGAGAUUCAGGAGAUGCAGCUGAAGGAGGCAAAGCACAUCGCUGAGGAGGCCGACCGCAAAUAUGAAGAGGUGGCUCGCAAGCUGGUCAUCCUGGAGUUAGAUCUGGAGCGGGCCGAGGAGAGGGCCGAGCUCUCCGAAUGUAAAGCUGCCGACCUGGAGGAGGAGCUGAAAAAUGUGACCAACAACCUGAAGUCUUUAGAAGCCCAGUCAGAGAAGUACUCAGAAAAGGAGGACAAGUACGAGGAGGAGAUCAAAAUUCUUACUGACAAACUGAAGGAGGCUGAAACUCGUGCAGAGUUUGCAGAGAGGACAGUGGCCAAACUGGAAAAGUCCAUCGAUGAUCUGGAAGAAAAACUGUCACAUGCCAAAGAGGAGAAUCUGGACAUGCAUCAAGUCCUGGACCAGACCCUGCAGGAACUAAACAGCUUAUAAGCACACACACACAAACACACAGACACACACAUGGAUGAGAUGUAACAUUUCACAAAUGUUCAACUCCAUCAAGCAGCAUUCCUUGAAUAAGAGGGAUUCACUUCAUGUCCCUUGAUGUUCUUUUUAUAUUUUUAUAAGAUGCCAUUUUGUUCUUAAGACGAGAAGUUCAACACACAGUUCCACUUAGACUGCACAAAUUGCUUCCCAACAAUUUAUUUUGACCACUUUAAACAAGAAUUGUUCACUUUGAAAUUGAGUCUUUUUUUUUUUUUUAACUCAAUGACGGCAUGACUCAUAAGCGCCACCCUGUGGUGAAAUCCAGCUAUUGUCAGUCAAACGCGUGUCAUAAUGGGCUUUUUUUUUUUUUCUUUAGGUCUGUCUGGUACAAUAAAAUUAAUUCAAAAGUAUUACCUAUAUUACCUAUGAGUUAAAAUUGCAAUCAUGUUGCCAAUAUUUUGAUUACAAAUGCAAGUGUAACCCCAAACUACUGGAAACAUUAUCAAAUCAGAUCACUCGCGGUUCUUUAUUGUAUAUAAAAGAAUAAUGUUAGGUUUAGCUCUGCCUCAUUUUUUUUUUUUUUUAUCACUUGUUGAUGCCAGGGGAACUUUCAAGACCAAAGAAAACUCACAACACGCACAAUAAAUGGUCAACACUUUUUUUUUUUUUAAAUGUCAUCUCAUGCAAGGGUCAUUUAAAAAUGCAACCAAUUAUUAUUGAAUACAUUUUGAAGUACUUAAUUGACCAAAUUCCCUCCAUGUCACCUAAUAAAUGUUUUACAGAAACGUCAA